ACUUGCCAUCAUAAAAAUCUCCAAUCUACAUAUACACCCAUUGAAUUUGAAUUACCACAUAGAAAAAAGACAGUGGGAAGAAACCCUUUUCGUUUAAGGAAAUCUUGAUGACGAAAUUUGAUAGAAAUGAAGAAAUUAAUGGUAGUGACAUGUGCAGAACCAUAGAAGUGGCGAUGGUGGAGUCCUCACCACUGCCGCCGCCACCACCAUCGCCGCCACUGAAGCUGUCAUUUUCAGGUGAUAAUUGUGAAGUAGAUGAGCUAUUUCUUCCACCUCUCAACUUUGCUAUGGUUGAUAAUGGCGUUUUUAGGUCUGGUUUUCCAGACUUAGAUAAUUUCUCAUUUCUUCAAUCACUCAAUCUCUGCUCUAUCAUAUAUUUGUGCCCCGAGCCUUACCCGGUGCCCAACAUGGAGUUUCUCAAGGCGAAUCGCAUUAAGUUAUUCCAGUUCGGGAUUGAAGGAUGUAAAGUAAGUCAAUCCUUCUUUUCUUUUCGAUCUACCACUUGAAUGGAUCUUGCUACGUAUACAUCAAAGUUUGCAUAAAGGAUUACAAAAUGCCGCAUGACACUUUACCAUUUGUCAGUUUAAAAUAUAAUCAACCUUUUUAUCUAAUAUUUUCCCUCCAUUUCAUUUUCGAUAACUGUUUAUGUACUAUUUUUAUGUACUAGUAGCAAAAUCCUAUUGGAAUUUUGCCUACUUUUCGGGCAGCAAGAUAUUCCAGUCAAUAUCAGUUUUAUUAUUUAGCCACCAAUAUAAAGUUCUAUCAUAAGAACGGUAAAAGUUCAGUUUACAAGUAUACAAUAGCGUCUUUUAGGAUUUCAAUUAUUCUGAAAAUGAUUAAAACAUGGAAUUACUUCCAAAAAUACACUUCAAAUUAAUUUGUAAGAUAAGCCCUUCAUGUUUGGAGAAAAGACUUUAAUAGAAUGGCCAUAUAUGCACAUGGUGGGACCAUCUACUUAAAUCACGAUUCAUGACAACGCGGACUUCGAGCCAUUCAUAUCGAGACGCCUGAAAGUUCGAGAUGUUAAGAGUGAGAAACAGAGUGGGUAUGUGAUGCCGAGGUAUCGCGGUUUGCUGUGUGCAUACCGAUUGUACUGAAGCUUCUCUCGCAUGUUUCAUAUGCCAACUCAUUUCCUUCUAUAUAUGCGAAAUCAACUUGUUAGUUUCUUCUACUAUGAAGUCUCAAAAAGGAAGUAAAGAAACUGUAAAAGAUAAUGUCUUUUUGCUAUAUUCUAUGUUAAGACUUGGAGUUCCAUUUUAAAAUGUCAAUAUUAUUAAGAGGAAUAACCUAAGACCUUAUAAAUUGGUCUAUAUUUCUAGUUUUAUUCAAUGUGAGAUUUUAUCUUUUAACA